ACAUGCUCGAGCGCCCCGCGGGUGUUUUAUAUGCGGCCGGCGGGAGGAGGGUCAGUUCAGUCGGUGAAGAUCUGCGUAGUGUGAGGAGAGACGUGAAGCCGCCCUGCACAAGCCUUCCUCAAUCAAGAGACGCGCCCCUGCGGAAAUAACUAUGCGUGAGUGCCUUUCAGUCCACGUUGGCCAGGCUGGGGUUCAGAUUGGCAAUGCAUGCUGGGAGCUGUACUGCCUGGAACAUGGCAUUCAGCCUGAUGGACAGAUGCCCAGCGAUAAAACCAUUGGCGGCGGCGAUGACUCGUUCAGCACCUUCUUCAGUGAGACGGGAGCUGGAAAACACGUCCCCAGAGCUGUUUUUGUGGAUUUGGAGCCCACAGUGGUUGAUGAAGUGCGCACUGGCACAUACCGGCAGCUAUUCCACCCCGAACAGCUUAUUACAGGAAAGGAAGAUGCUGCCAACAAUUAUGCCCGAGGGCACUACACCAUUGGGAAGGAGAUCGUUGACUUAGUCCUAGAUCGUAUACGUAAACUGGCUGAUCAAUGCACCGGUCUACAAGGUUUCCUUAUUUUCCACAGUUUUGGAGGAGGCACAGGCUCAGGAUUUGCAUCUCUUCUGAUGGAAAGACUCUCUGUAGAUUAUGGCAAGAAGUCUAAGCUUGAGUUUGCUAUCUAUCCAGCACCACAAGUCUCCACAGCAGUGGUGGAGCCAUAUAACUCCAUAUUAACCACUCACACAACUCUGGAGCAUUCAGAUUGUGCUUUUAUGGUGGACAAUGAGGCCAUUUAUGAUAUCUGUCGACGCAACUUGGACAUUGAACGUCCAACAUAUACAAACCUAAACCGUCUCAUUGGACAAAUUGUGUCGUCUAUCACUGCUUCUUUGAGAUUUGAUGGGGCCUUGAAUGUUGAUCUAACAGAAUUUCAGACAAACCUGGUUCCAUAUCCACGCAUUCAUUUCCCUCUGGUCACAUAUGCUCCUGUAAUCUCUGCAGAGAAGGCCUACCAUGAGCAGCUGUCUGUGGCUGAAAUAACUAAUGCCUGCUUUGAGCCAGCAAACCAGAUGGUGAAGUGUGACCCUCGCCAUGGCAAAUACAUGGCAUGUUGUAUGUUAUAUAGGGGAGAUGUUGUACCAAAGGAUGUCAAUGCUGCCAUUGCAACCAUUAAGACAAAACGCACUAUUCAGUUUGUAGACUGGUGCCCAACAGGAUUCAAGGUUGGAAUCAACUACCAGCCCCCAACAGUGGUGCCUGGAGGGGAUCUGGCAAAAGUGCAGCGUGCUGUUUGCAUGCUGAGCAACACUACAGCCAUUGCAGAGGCUUGGGCCCGGCUUGACCACAAGUUUGAUCUGAUGUAUGCUAAGCGUGCCUUCGUGCACUGGUAUGUUGGAGAGGGAAUGGAGGAAGGAGAAUUCUCUGAGGCUCGAGAAGAUCUGGCAGCGCUGGAGAAGGAUUAUGAAGAAGUGGGAAUAGAUUCAAUAGAGGGAGAGGCUGAGGAAGGAGAUGAAUACUGAGAGAAUACAAUGUACCAGACAGAUGUUGUAUAACUAGUUUUGUUGUGGUUAAGUUAUAUGUGUAAUUCACUUUAUGUAAAAAUAGCAUCUUUACUUAGGUAACAUUUAGAAGUUUGCAGCCUUAAAAGUAGAUGUUAUGUAGACUGAAUUGAUGGCACUUGACUCUACACAGUUCUAGACAAAACAACUUUAUUUACACUCAACAUACAAAUGUAAAGACAUACUACUCAUUGGUGAGAUACUUCCGUUUCUUGGCUGUAUUAGUAUAUGGAUGCCAGCGCCACUCCACCUCAGCUGUGUUCUCAUUCUCCAAGGUGCCAAGUUUAAUCAUAUACACUGCAAAGAUUAACAACCAGUUAUAAGUUAGGGGCAAUGACGUCUGAUAUUCUUAUAUCAGUGACUGCAUAUUUUCCAUAAAUACAUAAAGGAUAACAAGUGUAUGGGUGCAGAGCUGCAGAUCACAUUGCAAACAUUUGGCUUUGAAAUCUCCAAGCUUUGUUGUUGGAAAAAUGACUGGGA